AUGUUGCCCAAUCUGGAAAUGCUGACGUUGCGAUGGAAUUUGCUUAAAAAGAUAGAAAAUUUCAACGGAUUACAUAAACUAACCAAUCUAUCGUUGUAUGAUAACCAGAUAACAAAAAUCGAAAACCUUUCCGACUUGCCGAAUCUGAUUGUAUUGGAUCUUUCCUACAACAGAAUAUCCAAAAUCGAAGGAUUGGACUCAUUACAAAAUCUCAAAGAACUUUAUUUAACUAGAAAUAAACUCACGAAAAUCGAAGGACUAGAGAAUCUGAAAUCACUUGAGUUUUUGGAACUCGCAGAUAAUCGCUUACGAAAGAUAGAGAAUCUGGAGGACCGUAUCGUUGCGAUAAAGCGGCUACUGCCCACAUACGGACAUGUUGUUGGACAACAUGGUCUAUCAGCGCUACGUGAACUGACUGUGUUGAGCUUCAUCGGUAACGCUAUCCGAAUUAUCGAAGGACUCGAUCGUUUGACAAAUCUCACGGAUCUUGCCCUCUCACAAAACGGGAUUACCCGCAUUGCAGGCCUUGUCAACAAUGUGGCUCUUAUCGCGCUUGACCUCAACGAUAAUCAAAUUGAAAAGAUUGAAAACCUCCAACAUCUCACCAAUCUGAAGAGUUUAUGGAUACGUAGAAAUCGGAUCUCAAAUUGGUCAGAAGUCGCCUACUUGAAUCGUCUCCCAGCCUUGAGAGACGUUACCUUGGAAAUGAAUCCUAUAUAUAGCACUCAACAUUUCUACCGUAAUCGAGUUCGAGAAAUCCUACCACGUGUGAAAAUCAUAGACGCUGUGCCAGUGAACUGGGUAAGCGGAGAUCCGUGGCAAGAGCUGGCACCCGAUGAC